AUGCCAGAGUCGGUUGCACCGGCGAUGUCGUUAUCGACCGAGACCAUGGAGAUGGCGAGUGGUGCGUGGUAUUGUGCUGGAGGAAAAGGAUGCCUCCCCCAUGCCAGAUUUUGGCUAAAGACUGGCAAACAUGCUACUGAGUUCUUCUGCAAGACUUUGAUUGCAAGUGACACUAGCACUCAUGAUGGGUUCUCAGUUCCACGAAGAGCAACUGAGAAAACUCUUUCCAUAGCUGGUUAG